AUGGGAGAAGACAUGUUGUGUUUGUUCGAAGAGGGACGAAGAGCUGCCGCACCAGACAUCCUGACUCCAAUGUCCAGCAUCAGAAAGGAUAUAGUAGCUCAUCUCUGGGAGUCCUUUGGAAUGAGGUGGAACAAUGCUACGCAGACCGUGCAAAUUAUGUUUGGGUUGAGGGGGAGGAGAAAGACGGGAGGGAAGGGGAGGGAGGAAAUCAGUCAGAGAGUGGGAGGGCGAGGGAAGGGGAGGUCGAAGGUGGAAGAGAAAGUAAGGAAGGCGAUGGGAAAGCUUCCAGGUUGGGGUCAAAAUGGGAGGAAGAGGUGGCCAUGCGUCUCCGGGUGCUUGUCUUGGGUCCAGGAACGAUUGCGCGGAAAGGGUAGACUUUCAAGCGGACUUGGGAUGGAGGGUAUCGUCUUCAGCGCCCCGCGUCCACAUCCAUAUCCUGCCCGAACGGUCCUGGAUAUCCUACCCGAGCGACUCAUUCGCGCUGAUCUACGAGGAGGAACGACGAAACGCUGCAUUGAAGUUCGCACAUUGGCUUCUACACCGACAGGCAAGAGCCCAAUCGUGGUGAAGAAUGUCAUCAUCACCAUCUCGCAAUUUAUCACAGAUUUUGAUUGGUCCUGCCAAGCCCAUCAGAGGAUGAUGGCUCAAUCACACCUGUCCCCAGGUCACCAGGCUGGAAAGCAGUAUUCAGGUCGUCGAAACUCGGGUUGGCACAUUAGAAACUCGGGUUGCUGGCAUUUUUACGGUGACCUAUAUUAUCAAUUCACUACGCUUACUGCGGAGAUGCCUGACACUCCCUCGGAAAGAGUUAUGAUGUCGCCUGACUUUGUUCCCUUGGCCAUGUCAAUGGGACAAAUGCGGACGUAUGGGUUCGUCGACAUAGUGGACUUGGCUGACGGUUUCUUCAUCCAGGCGUUCACCACAAGAUACCCAGCACAGAAGCUGGCCAACAGAUGCCUUCGUCACUCCGUCAUCCUCAAGCUGGUCCAUCACGGUGUCGUCCAUGACGAGGUGCUGCUGCUACUCAUGUUUGGCGACGAACGUCUCCGCCGCCUUAUCAUCGUCGUCAAUCGGAAUGUCGCGAGUAAGGAUUUCGAUUUUGCUAGAUUGGUGAAUUUGAAGGCUGAGCAUCAGAUCCUGGCAGCAAGUGUUGACACUAUGAGCGGUCGUGGUAAACUUGUCCCUAUUGGUGAUGCUGAGUCGGCGGGCAAUGGUGCUCUGCCUUCGUCGAUGACUUGCAGUGUGGCGGGCAUGACUUCCAUCAUCCUUAGAAGAGGGAUGUGGCUUAGCAAGAACGUGAUUCCUUUCAUCCUCAUAACUCUCAUCAUCCUCAUCCUCCUCAUCGUUCACCAACUCCCAACUAUGAUACUCUUUGUCCAUGAACACGCCAAUCUGUCUGCGCUGAUACCCUGGGGGGAAUCCGCGCACCGAAAAAUAGUCGUGUGCUUCCUGCGCUACAAGAAGGUGGAUGGCGUCGGCCCCCCCACUCUUUCUCAAUCUUGGGCUGUUCUUCCCACCACAUCGGUGCCGGCGCAGCUGCAUAUCUCUGAUGCUGGUGCUGGUAUUCCUGCAGCUGAACUUGUGGGUGUUUGUGCAGCUGGAGUUGAGGAUGUUCGUGCAGCUGAACUGGUGGGUGUUCGUGCAGCUAGAUUUGCUGGUGUUCGUGGAGCUGAACCUGCGAGAGCUCGUGCAGCUGGACUUGUGGGAGCUUAUGCAACUGGACCUCUGGCAUUGGCAUCUGCCGCUGCUGGUAUUCUUGCCCCUGCUGCUGUUAUUGAUGAUACUCCUGUUGAUACCCCUACAACUCCCGCUGCUGGGCCAUCAACUGUUCCUGCCCCAUCUGCGGUGGUUGCGCCUGAUCUGUCUGCGUCAGGCGACGGUACCCUCUGUACAGCCCUAACGGACACAGACAUCGGUAGCUGCUUGGUGGUGGGGAGAUGGGUGAUGGCGACGGAGCAGAAGGCUGAGUUUGGAUUUGGGUUUGUAGUUGGGGAUCUUCAACUGAUCAAGUGCCGCAGUUUGCUGGGUCGAUGGCCGGGGCUCGAGAAAGCUGAGGUUCGGGUGAUGGAGGAGAGGGCGUGUCUGGCAGUAUAUCAGAGAUAG